CGGAAAUAUGGUAUGUCGGUGAUUUGAUUUGAUACUGUAUUAUCCCAUACAAUUCAUACAGCAUCUUUGCAAGGACUACGUAUACAUUGUUUUGUAAUUCGCUCAAAACUGCCACGAAGAACAGGAAAAAAAGGUAAUACUUAUAACCUGUAUCAAAAGAUGGGAUGUGUUGAAAGUAGGAAAACAAGAAAAGCUGCUAAAAGGUCCAAACAGAUUACUGAGCAAUUAAAACGUGAAGCAGUGCGAAAAAGGGGAGAAAUCAAAGCGCUAAUCUUCGGAACAAGCUCGUCUGGCAAAGAGGUGUUUAUUCAACACUUGCGGCGGUAUACUGAAGCUCACAGAGAAGAUAUUGAAAUGGAUGAUAUUGCGACAGGACAGUGUGCAGUAGACACACAAACAAAAAGUAUUCUAGAAACCCGUUUAACCAUCUACGGAAGGGAUUUUAGACUUCUAGAAUUUGCAGGUGAAAAGUCUUUGUCAAAGACUAAAUGGAUGCAUUGUCUCGAGGAUGUCAACGUCAUUAUUUUCGUUGCAAACAUCAGUCAUUAUGAUGUGACGACUGCAGGAAACCCAGAGAAGAACGCUAUGUUAGAGAGUAUGGACUUAUUUGAAGAAGUGUGCCAAAUUAACUGGUUCCGGGAAACGCCAGUCCUUCUCAUUUUCAGGGAUCCUAAAUUGUUUGAAGAAAAACUUUUGAAGACAUCACUCAGUUCAUGCUUCUCGGACUACAAUGGUUUAGACACAUUUGCAGAAGCUGCAGCCUUCGUCUUGUCUAGAUACGAAGUUCUUGAUCUACGGAAUGACACACGUUUGAUACAAAACAUAUUUUUACACGAUAAUGACGAAGACGACCUGUUAUCUAUAAUUCAUAUCAUAAUUUGUGUGUGCCCUGUGGAAGAAAUACAAACAGACGAUGCAUCGGGGUUUCGUCAGACCGGGAUAUGCGAUGAGUCAUUGUGUGAAAUAUGUGUAUUUAUGUUAUGGUACUGUCUGUACUGCUGUUUUGUUCUGACACGGUCUCGUCGACAGCGUCGUUAAUUUAAAAUAUGUAAAGACAAUGAUUUUGCUUUUAUUUCUUUAGUUUACAUGUAUUUGUGUAUAUUUAAGAAAUAAUAAGUUCCCAAACGUGGUUUAUCGUAGAAUUACCCGAGUCUUUCGUUCUUAUGCGAAACAAUAUAUCACGAAGGCCGUAGGCCUAUGGCCUUCGUGAUAUAUUCUUACGCAUAAGAACUCAAAACACGGGUUGUUCUACGCUAAACCACGUUUGGGAACUUAUUAUUUCGAUUCUAACACGACAUGCUAGUAUCAACAGUGUCAGAAAAAAUGGUAACUACUUUUAACGACCGUGCUACGCACCUGGAUCGGAUGACGUCAUUGCACGUGAGUGGUUUAUUGCAGAAUAACCCGAGAUAGAUUUUGCUCUACAUGAUGUAUGUAGGUUAUUUGCUGGUCGUGUUAGAAUAUAGAUUAUAAUUGAAACCAUGAAGUCCGAUUGCAUAUAUUUCCAAGAUCGGAUAUGUUCUCAUUGCAGGUAUACGUAUCGGACAGAUUUAAAGAAUCAUUUACUUCAGUGUAUUAGAUCUAGUUUGCACUGUAAUGGACAAAGGUUUUCGAUAAUUAUUUAAUGCAAAGUCACUGUGUAUUCUAUCGCAACUUUACAAACUGAUUAAAGCAAAACAGCAGCUGAGUUCUAUGUAAAACAUAGUGUGAUAAUCCUACCAGAAGUGCAUAACCCGCUCACGCGCGUUCAUUUUUAUUCCUGUAUAGGUUUGGCGGGAGUAAAGCGUCGAAUGUAGUCCCUAACACUAUAUAUUUCAUUUUUUUUCGGGGGUAAAAAAGGCAUUUUCAUGCUAGGUAUUGCUUUUAUUUUCAGCAGUCAUAUCCUUAUAGAGUAUUUCAGAUAUAUGGAAGUUGGUAAUAUGUAGUUUAAGAAUGUUUCUUAAUGACAGCUGGGGAUGCUGGAAAAGUUUGCGGAAGAAUACAUUGUUUACAAUAGUGAUGUCA